GAGUGAGCAAUGACAUCACUCAAGCCUUUUCCCCACCCUAGAUUUAGUGGGAUGGAGGUACACAUUGUCAGAAUCUAAAGUCAGAUUCUUUAGUGGUGACAAUAUGAGCAACAGAUGCACUGGCACUUAAGAGCCGUGUUUUUCUUCUUCUACCUGCAUCCAGGCACAGAUCUGUGACCCUGCACAUCAGUCUGUAGGGACAAGCCCAUCACUAGAGGAUCUGUGAUAAGAGAUGAGCCACUCUGGAGUCCCUCCAUCACGUGGGAUCCAAUGACUUCAGCAGCAGUGCAGUUCACCAGGACCAUUGCACAGAGCAGCUUUACAUCUGUCUAACAUUCUAUCUCAAGAGCUGAUACAGUUGUGGGUGAUAGGAAAUACUCAUGGGGAACUCGCUGCAAUUCUUUCCUUGGAUCGCCUUUCUGUUCUUGCGGCCAUGUGGAAAUCAGGCUCAUGGAAAUUACACCAAAUCUCAGGGUCACCCAGGCUUCCAGGUCUUGAAAUCAGCAUCUCACUACUGGCCUUUGGAAGUAGUUAAUGGGAUUCGUGAGCUUCCCCGGGUCACUGAAGGCAGGAUGGGUCCUGUGGGUAAUGACAGCAGCAGAACUGUCAUCAUCCACAAUUACAUUGUGCUCCCUUACCAUAAUUCUUCCUCUGUCCAUAGCAAUGACUCUGCCUUUUCUAACUUGUCUGCAACUGUAGAUAUUGUGGAAGGAACAGUCAAUCAUGGCAUUGUCCUUAAUGAGCAGAAAGGAGUUACCCUCCUGUACUUUGGAAGUUCCAAAAACUCCUGCAUUAGUGACCCAAGUUUGUGUGGACCAGAAGGUGUCACAUUCUCAUUUUUCUGGAAGAUUCAGGACCUGUCACCAAAGAAACAACUGAAACCUAUUAACCAAAGUAACAACCAAGAAUCUUUCCAAGAUGAUUCCCCUAAGAGUCAACAGACACAAGCCUUUGGGAAAAAAGUUACUUCCCAUGGUUUUCAAAUCUACUCAGAUGAGCGUGAAGGUUAUGUUGAGGUAUAUACACAUGAGGACUCCAAGGUCUGGAAAGCAAGAAUAAAACCUCCAGGUCCAUAUUGGACUCAUGUUCUGUUCACUUGGACAUCCGGUGAAGGCCUAAAGGUUUAUGUCAAUGGUACAUUUAACGCCAGUGAUUCCCAAGGUCAGCUCUCCUACAGUUAUGGAGCUGGUGUUGAUCGCCUGGUUGUGGGCACAAACAGUGAUCCUUCCAAACAAUAUGUGAAUGGUGCUUUCGAUGAGUUCAUCAUAUGGGAAAGAGCUCUAAGCCCUCCUGAGAUCCACCACUACUUUACAGCUGCCAUUGGUGAUGAAACUUUUGUUACUGCAACAAUGUCUAGUACUGCCAGUACAUCUGAUCCUCCGGUCUCCACAGAUGCUUACUAUCCCAUUAUAAUUAACUUGACCCAAGAUGGUUUCAAGACAUCCCAUGCACAGCCUGUUCUGGGUUAUUUGGAUGUUGUCUCACAGAUUCUGCCAAACAAAUCCUUGACACAAGACACAGCAGGCAACUUAACUCAGGCCUUUCUGAAAACUGUAGAAGAGGUCCUGUCACUGCCCACUUGGACUGACGUACCAUCAGCUCAUCCUGAAGUUGCAGGGCUUAUUGAUACAGUUGACAAAGUAAUUGGACAUAUGGCAAGAAACCUAUUGGAAAGCCCCUCUGUGAUUGUGACAUUGGAAGGCCGAUCAUCCGUGGCAGAUUACUCGAUGGUAAAGGUGCCUCAGGCUUUGAGCUUGCCACACUACCGCUUUCCAUCUGAAGGACAGUCUUACAUCUCUGUUCCUGGUGAAGCAUUUCUAAGCAAAUUUCGUACGACAAUUGUUGGAUUGCUGUACCAUACAAUGCAUCGACACUACAAGCAGAUUAAACCUAGUGACACCAGAAUCUCAGAGGCAAACCAGUACAAUGAUUACAUGAUUUCAGCAGCCAGUUAUAUAAUUUCUUUGAAGGUAGAACCACCCCCAUACCUUUGUCCAAACCUUUCUGGAUCUCCUCUCAUAACUAUUCAACUGACACAUAUCUUGACACCUCGACUCUAUAUUGAAGCUGCUAACAAUAGUAACCAUGUCCACCUCUACUGUGCUUUUCUGGAUUUCAGCUCUGGUUCUGGCAUUUGGUCUAGUGAAGGAUGUGUUCGAGUUGAAGGAAACUUGAAUUACUCCAUAUGUCGAUGUAAUCAUCUCACCAACUUUGCCAUUCUGAUGCAAGUUGUACCAGUUAAGCUCUCCAGCUCCCACAAGGUGGCGUUGUCCUCCAUCAGUUACAUUGGCUGCUCCCUGUCCAUUUUCUGCCUGGCAAUUACACUGGUCACAUUUGCUAUACUGUCCUCAGUGAGCACAAUCCGUAAUCAACGGUAUCAUAUUCAUGCCAACCUUUCAUUUGCCAUUCUGGUUGCCCAGAUCCUUCUGUUGAUCAGCUUUCAGUUUGUUCCUGGAACGCUCCCUUGCAAAAUUGUUGCAAUAUUGCUACACUUCUUCUUUCUAAGUGCCUUUGCCUGGAUGCUGGUGGAAGGAUUGCAUCUGUACAGCAUGGUGAUCAAGGUGUUCGGAUCAGAGGAGAGCAAGCAUCUUUACUAUUAUGGGAUCGGAUGGGGUUUAUCCUUGGUGAUCUGCAUCGUGUCUGUAACAUCUGCUUUGGGCAGCUAUGGAGAAGGUGAAAACUGUUGGCUGUCUCUUCAGAAAGGAGCAAUAUGGGCAUUUGUGGCACCUGCACUUUUCGUUAUUGUUGUGAAUAUUGGUAUACUUAUUGCAGUAACAAGGAUAAUAUCCAGAAUUAGUGCUGACAACUACAAAGUUCACCGAGAUGCAAACGCAUUCAAAUUGACAGCCAAAGCAGUUGCUGUGCUUCUUCCGAUUCUUGGAAGCUCCUGGAUCUUUGGGGUUCUUGCUGUAAAUGAACAGUCUAUAGUAUUCCAGUAUAUGUUUGCUGUUUUCAAUUCUUUACAGGGAUUUUUCAUAUUUCUAUUUCACUGCCUUCUUAAUUCUGAGGUGAGAGCUGCUUUCAAACACAAAACAAAGGUGUGGUCGCUCACCAGUAGCUCAAUUCGCAACAUCAAUGUGAAGCCUUUCAACUCGGAUGUAAUGAAUGGGAACAGAGCCAAUACAUCUCCAACCAAGAUGAAUACGUGGGAAAAAAGCAGCAAUUCCGCCAACCGAAUGGACUUAUCUGCAGUCUGAUCAUAAGAGGGAUUUUGCCAAGAAAAAAAAUCACUGGAGGCCUUCAUGUAUAUGUUUGUCUUCUCUCAUGCGGCUAAAGGCUCCUUCUCCUCCCUUUUAAUAAUCAUAAGUAUCUUCUGCCAUGUUUUACUACAGGGAGGGUUUUAGUUUCCUAGCCGGAAGAAACCAAUUUGUCUUCAAGCAGAGACAACUUCAAAGACACAGCUCUAAACAACUGUUGCUCACCAUGGCAGUAAGUGCCAGGAUGCCUGAGAGACUGUAUUGAGCUACGUAUCUACAAAACACCAUAAAAAAUAAAAUGAUGUUAUAUUGUGCAAUACACUUUCAUAUAAAACUAAUUAUUGCAG